AUGAGCUUCGUGGGCGAGAACGCGUUCGCCCUUCCAGGCGUCGCAGCGGACCCACAGCGUGGAGUGGACGCAGAGCCGAGUGGACUUUCACACCUCACGAGAUGGCUUGGACAGGAGUACGGCUUACACGAGCAGGACAACGUGACGAUGCACUUGGAUAAGUUCUUCGCGUUUAGACGCGGCGCCCGAGAUUUGGCUCGGUGCAUCGCGGCCUUCGAGAUGGUCUACGACGAGGCAUCGGAGACCGCAGGAUUGGAGAUACAUGCGAUAGGACGAUCACACCUUCUUCUAUCAGGAUGUGAAUUACCGCAGCGCAAGAUAGACGACAUCAAGUUGAAGGUCGACGGAGAUUUGAACAGAUAUGCGGACCAAGCAAAGAACCGCGCCGACGAUUUCGGCGGCUUCUAUGGCGACGACUCCUGGUGGGACGAAGACGAGUGGUACGAGGGCGACUGGGGCGAGUACGAGGCCAGCUGGGGCGACGAGGACUGGAGCAGCAACGAUUGGAACAGCUCAAGUUGGGAUAAUCAUGGAGAUCAGCAGGGUGAGAACUCGUCUGACGCCGACGCAUGCAAGGGCAGCGCAGGCGGCAGAGGGCGCGGCAAAGGAGGCAAAGGCAAACGGAAGAGCAAGAAAGGUCGAGGCAAAGGGCGACGUCGACAUUAUGAUGAUGAGUAUGACAAGGACGAUGACAGCGAUUAUUGGUACUACCAAGGGUUCGUGAACACCCCUCGUGGCACGAGCAGCAGCUUCCCGAAGAUCGACGAGGGGCCAGGCAAGACCUACGCCGGCUUCGCGAGGACAGGGGCAUCGAUGAGACGAGGAGCUGAUCUUCUAGCUUGGCAUGAAGACGACGAUCUCACCAGCUCAGCGACGACCUCCUGGAGUACCAUCGCCGAUGCCAUCAGGAUCAUCGGGUUCGUGGAUCGCCGCUACGGACGCGGAAUCACCCCGGCGGGAAACGACGGCAGCAGCAUCAGCGCCGAGGCCUACCACCACAUCGACCAGACGACGACGCUUCAUCAUCUAUAUCGACUUCCAGCCGAGGAAUUGACUUUGGCACCGCAGGUCAGCAUGUUCGGAGCCAUCGGCAGCAGCGACAACCGACAGGCAUCGUACCUGGAGGACUCGAUUUUCAUGUUCGACCGAUGUUCCCGACGGGAGCGACAGAAGGCACAUUUCGCGCAACUGCUGCGCGACCCUGGCGCGGCAUCAGGCAUCGUGGGCACUGACUCUCUCCUGACAUGCUACAACGACGCGCUCGAGCCCCUCGGCGUCGGCUGCGACCUCGUGCCCACGACGGCCAAGUUCACAGGUAUAGACGCAGUGCCCGCGCCAGGCAUCGGUAAGUCUAAGGUACCACUGGGGAUGCCCAUGCUCGAGAACGCGACUUCCACUGGAGAUCUCACCGGGGGCCCUGGCUCCUGUCCCGGCCUGUUUUCGCUGAAGUCCUCCAUCAAGUUUGAGGCCUCAAUGUUGGCGAACGCUGUACCAUUCAUGGAUGGCAUCUUGGCGUUAUUUCCCGACGACGAGUAUGGCAAGCAUCAGCGGAAGCCAGUGCGCGCGCCACUCCUGCGCGCCGACUCGGGCCACUGCGUGACUCCGAUCGACAACUGCGACAGCCCCGAGGAGGUGAACCAGACUUACCUACGCAAGGAGUUGAUGAAGUACUUGGAAGCUUUCAAUGCCAAGUACAAGAUCACCAAGCACCAGCACCAUUACGAGACGCGGGCCAGCUUCAUGGACCACAAAUAUUAUCAGGAUCUCAUCCCGAAAGACAUGGAUAAACACGACUAG